UCGUUUUAUUGCAUUUUACUACUAGACUUUAUAUUCUAAAAAAAUUUUUUGAAUUUAAAAACGUAAUAUCAUCUAAAAACUGCUCGAUGCUCAUUAAAAUUUGAAAAUGUCCGAAGAUAUUUCUGAAGUAAAGCAGCCGCAAACGAUAAACGAAGAAAAGCAGCCGAAAACUGUUAAAAACAAUGCGAAAACUGAUGAAACUUUAACAACAACGCUGGAGGCUGUUUUGACAGUCUGUAAUACUAUUCAGGGUCUGCCUAUUUUGAUCAUACCUUAUGUUUUUAAAAUAGGUGGGUGGUGGGCAUUGUUAGCUUUGCUCAUUAUAGCAUCAUUUUCAAGUUAUACAAGUAUUAUUUUAGUAAGAAGUUUAUACGAAGUAAAAAACGGAGUGAAAUUAAGAGUACGUCAAAACUAUCUUGAUAUAGGUGAUGCAUUUUGGAAAGGAGGAGGGAGAAUGCUUGUGUUUGUUGCUAUGGUUAUACAGCUUAUUUUUGUUUCAACAAUGUAUCCAUUCAUUGUGGGAGCUAUGUUUAACAAAUCUUUCCCGGAAGCAAAUAUCCCGCUCUGGGCAUGGACAUUGAUUGGAGGACUAGCUUUUUUACCAAAUUCUUUAUUAAAAGAUUUAUCGCAAGUUGCAUGGACAGGUGUUGUAGCAAUGGGCUGUGCGUCUAUAAUAUUUAUUUGCUUAUUUGUAUAUUGUUUGAUGCAUUUCCACAAAUGGGACAUUGAUAAAAUGCACAACUAUCAGUCAUUAGACUUUCCAAAUGCUAUCGGAAUAUUAGUUGCAUGCUUUUUCUCUCAGCCCUUUGCUCCGUUUAUAGAAUCAACCAUGAAACGCCCCGAAAGGUUUGAAUCUGCUGUAAAAUUGUCUUACUUUGUAAUGACAAGUGUUAUUGUUUUUAUUGGAGUUGUGAGUCACAUUACUUUCUAUCCAAACUCAGAUAACUUAUUAACAAACAAUUUGCCUUCAGGUAUAUUUCGCCAAACAUUGAACUCAAUAGCUGCUGUAUUAGCUUUUACCUCGUAUACCUUACCAAUGUUUAUGCUUUUUGAAGUUGUUGAGAAAUCGCAUUUAACUUUAUCUUCUAUAAAAAAAGAUAGCUCAAGCAUUUAUAGCUUUCAAACGCAGGUUACACGAUUAACCAUAUUGUUUUCGACAGUUAUUAUGGCAGCAUUUAUACCAUGGUUCAUUUAUCUACUUGCUUUUGUCGGUAGUUUUACAGGGAUUUCUUUAGAGUUUAUAUUUCCAGCACUUUUUCAUAUGAAAAUUUAUUGUGCAGAAUUAAAACAUAUUGAAUUUGCAAUCGACGUCAUAAUUGUUUUUUUUGGAGUUCUAACAAUGACUAUUAGUUUCAUCGUGUCUUGGGUUUCACUUUACGCAUGUUUUACUGAAGAUGUUUGUUAAAAAAUAUUACAUAAAACUUGUUUAUGUUUAACGUAUAGCUCUUAUUAAAAUUUCUCCUUUAAAUCAUGUUAAGAACAAAAAUUAAAAACUUAAAAGUUUAAUUUGUUAAUUAUUUUAAGUGAAAAGGUUUGUUUAAUAUGGUUUUCUAAAAAAAAAAUUAAACUUGCUUGUCUCUGACAAACCAAAUAGUACUGUCACAAUACCAAAAAUAGAGCACCGCAGUAAAGCGUUUAGUGAGAAUGUUAACGCUACCUUCUUAUUGGUGUAUCAUUUAUGGUUCGAGCAUACAUCAGACCUUUUACCCAAAAUUUGGUGCAUGGUGUAAUGCAUGCAUGUGAUACAAAAUAAUAAUUUCGCAGGCAUCUUAUCUGCCGAACAGCUCAGAUGUCUGUGAAUUAAUAUUGCAUUUUUUACUUUUUUAGUUUAUUAAUCAUAACUUGUAAGUUCAGAUUCAAAUUUAUCAUUGUAAAUAAAGUUUAUUAAAUUUGAGUUUAAAUCAUACCUCUUAUCA